AUGGAGGAUCUCGAUAUGGAGACAGAUCGUGCUCGCAGGAGGCGGAAGAACGCCAACCCGUCUCCCCGACGAUUCCGUUCCCCCCCUCCUAAGCGACGCGGCUCUCCCGCCCCCAAGCCUCGCGCUCGAUCCCCCAAGCCUCUUUUUGACCGCCAGUCGCCUCGCCGAGCCCGCUCCCCAGCUCCCAAGGCUGUGGCCAUUGCUACUCCCAUCCAGACUCCCCGACAGGGUGCGCACACCAAGUUUCAACUGGCUGGCCGCCCCGGUCUUACCCAGACCAAGUCCCUGCCUAGACCUGCAGCUAUCUUCCGCCAUCAGAAGCAGCCCAAGGGCUCAAAGACCUCCUCUGACACUGAUGGACACAUUCGCAGUGCCAUUGACAUUGUCAAGGGCCUCGAGAAGAAGCGCCUGCGCCGCAAGGAAAAGUUCUUCCAGAAGUACUGUGAUCGCGCCCGACGUGGGCAGAUCCCUGAGCGCAAGCCGCUUCCUGGCCUCGGCGCUGAGCGCAUGCGAGAACUUGGGUUGCUCAUGGCGGGUAAGAAGGACCCGGGCAACUACGUUCUCUCGUGCUAG